AUGGGGGUAAAAAUAAGUUCCUAUUCAUAUGGGGUCAGGGGUCAGAACGGCUGGAGCGUGACCUACCUUCCCUCACAGAUCUGCGCCAUAAAAGGCUCAACGGUGGAUUUGCAAUGCAAGUUCACAUAUCCAGACACAGAGGGGGAUACGGUCACAGAAGUUAGAAAACUAAUAUGGUACACCAAAGGGGGAAAAACUGAUCCUGUGGAUCUGAACGCUGACCAAGACUACGCAGGUCGUAUAGAGUAUAAAAAUGGCUGCGCCGUUUCUAUCAGGGACGUAAGAGAGAGCGACUCUGCGGUCUACAAGUUCAGGUUCAUAACCAAUCACCAAAGUGGAAAAUACACCGGCUCGCCAGGGGUCACUUUGUCAGUGUCUGCCGUCGAGCUGCAAGUGGUCAAAUGGGAGCGCAAACAGAGCGGUACUCUGGCCGAGAUGACGUGCAAAAUCAAAUGUCUGCCUGACCGACAUCCUUACAUCUGGAUCAAGAACGGGCAGGACGUUUUGACGCAGAACUCCUCGUCUUUUUCGUACACGUUUUCUGACGCGGAGCGCGUUUCGUGCGCUGCAGCAGGACACAGACAGUUCCCGUCUCCGGCAGUGUACAUGCCAGAUCUUCCCUUGGUGUCGCUGAGUUCCUCUGGUCACAUUGUGGAGGGCAACCCAAUGACCCUAACUUGUUCCAGUGAUGCUAAUCCAGCAGCUACAUACACCUGGUACAAGAAGGACACUUCUGGUCCUCUCAGCAAAGACUCACAACUCGUCUUCACGUCUAUCCAGUCCUCUGACUCUGGAAAGUAUUAUUGUAAAGCUGAGAACGUGCUGAGAUCAAGAACAUCUGAAGUCGUCUUUAUCGACGUAAAAUACCCACCGAGCUUCCCCGUCGUUUCACAUAGUUUUCCAGGUGGAGUCGUGGAGGGAAACUCUGUGACUUUGACUUGCAGCGCCGACGCUAAUCCAGGAGCUACUUACAUGUGGUACAAGGAGCAUGAAGCCAAUCCCCUCAGCAAAGGCCCAGAACUCGUUUUCAAGUCUGUUCAUCCGUCUGAUUCUGGAAAAUAUUUCUGCACAGCUGAGAACGUUCUGGAAAGGACGACGUCAGACGGCAUCUUGAUUGACGUGGAAUACACUCCAAAGCUUCCCUCUGUGUCGUUGAGUCCGUCUGGUGAGAUCGUGGAGGGCAUUUCAUUGACGCUCACCUGCAUCAGCGAUUCAAACCCCGCCGCUAAUUACACCUGGUUCAAAGAAAACGAGGAAACGCCACAACGUUCAGGACAAAAUCUCACCAUCGCAGAUAUCGGCCGACAGCACAGUGGCCUUUACUACUGCGAAGCUCACAACAGCAGAGGAAGUCACAAAUCUGCCAUACAUCUUACUGUUGCUGCAAGGUGCAGAAACAAGACAUUCAAGAUAAUGAACAUCAUGACGUCGGCUGUCGCCGUGCUGCUGCUGCUGAUUCUUCUGUUUGUUGUUUCUCUUUGGACGAGGAAGAAGAAACCAACCAAAUCGAAGGAACACGUGGAGAACAUAGAGCUGGACCUGUGUCCUGAAUAUGAGAACAUCUCGACCUUGAGAGCCUUCAUUGCAUCGCAGGAGGAGAGAGAGAAGCAAAGCAACCCAACGUGAAAUCAAGUCAAGUUACAACUUCAUGGGUUGGUGGACAGGACUCCAAUCCAUGACACAAAAUGAGAUCCUCACCAAAAGAUGGCAGAAAGAAACAUUUUCAAAUAGUGGCUAUAUUUUUAUAUUUUAUGCGUCGUGUUGGCUGCUUUGUAAACGUAGCUGCACAAAGUCAAGUUGCUAAUUUAAAAAUGGCGUACCUCCCAAUUACUUAAUACCUAAUUAUAAUUAGACAUUUUAAUCGCUGUUUAACACAUUUAAAUCUCUUGUUGCAGCAAACGGCCUGCGAUCCAGAGGCAAGUGAAAUAACACGGUGUGGUGCUGUCAAAAAGUAAUUUCUUUUUUGUGAUGUUGUGAUGUGUCAUCUUCGACAUAAAAUGUUGUUUCUCCUAAAUACAAUUCAUGUAGUUCAUGGCCACCCAGUG